CUGACCGAACGGGUAAACGUUUUCAUCAUUUUCCUGCGAUUCUGCUUAGAAGUGAAAUGCCCGACAUCUCUGUUUGAAGCUGGAUUAGGAAUUUCUCUCGCUGUUCCGUCGCCGGGAAUCUAUCGAGCAUGGCGAACUCAGUGGUGGCUGAUCCAUCGGCGCCGCCGUCAAAUGCCGCCGUGAUUGUUACUACCUCCAUGGAUGACUUGGGGGACCCCCUCCUAUUUCCGCCUAUGGACCCGGAUUACUUGUUCCAAAUCGAAGAAACCUUGAUCGAUGAUGUCGACUUCUCGUUCGACGAUUACGAUUUCGAUCUCCCCUCUGACGUUGAUAGUUUCCUCGACCCCAAUUUCCUACCCGGUUCCGUUGAUCAGCAUGACGCGGCCCAGGUGGACCCUGCUUGCUACUUGCAACCCGAGCUUCGGAAUCAUUCACCGCCGGAGCUGAGCUUGGGUGGUUCUAGGGUUUUAAAUUUGGAAUUAUUUGAAUCGCCGGAGUCAAAUGGUUGUAAUCAGGAUUCUCAGGAGUCUGGAAAUGGAAAUUGUGGCAGCAGUCAUGCUAGGGUUCUCAGUUGCCCUUCUCCAGAGUCUCAAAGCUCAGGUAAUUGCGGCUCCAAUGUCUCUGCAGCUCCGAAUUCUCUGUCCAAAGGCUCGAAUCAAUCGGUAAAUUCUUCUCCAGGCUUUGAAGGAAAUUCAAUUAAAAUUGGUGUGGUUGAUCACAAUUUCAAAUUGGAGGGAACGAAUAACAACAUUUACAAUUACAGUAACUCUGUUUUGAAGAGGAAAAAGGAAGAUGGAGAAUCUAAUAAUGUAAAGUUGAGGAUGAGUAAAUGUAGAAAAUCUAUUGACAUUAGUAAUAUGGAGAAUACUAAUACCAAUACUAGUAAUGUCAUUAGUGAAGAGGAAGAGAAGAAGAAUGCUAGAUUAUUGAGAAAUAGGGAGAGUGCUCAGCUUUCGAGGCAAAGGAAGAAACAUUAUGUUGAGGAGUUAGAGGGUAAGGUUAGGACAAUGCAUUCGACUAUCCAAGAGUUGAAUGCUAAGAUAUCAUAUGUAAUGGCUGAAAAUGCUAGCUUGAGGCAGCAGAUGGCUGGGAGUGGCGUUGGUAUGGCACCACCCCCUGGAAUGUAUCCCCCAGUUAUGUAUCCGUGGAUGCCAUACACCCCACCUUACAUGGUAAAGCCACAGGGGUCACAGGUGCCAUUAAUUCCAAUUCCAAAGUUGAAACCUAAACAAGCAGUGUCUGUGUCUAGGACUAGUAAGAAAGUGGAGGGUAAGAAGAAAGAAGCAAAGAAUAAGAAGCUUGCAAGUGUCACUUUUCUUGGCUUGUUGUUUUUUAUAUUUAUGUUUGGUGGAUUGCUUCCCAUGGUGAAUGUAAGAUUUGGAGGGACGAGGGAGGCAUAUACGGGUGGAAAUUAUGCCGGGAAUGGAUUUUAUGAGAAGAACCAUGGUAUGGUGUUAGCUGGAAACGGAACUAGUAACUCUCUGGAUUUUGGUCAUGGAAAACAUUUUAGUGAUGGUUUGCAUUAUGGUAAAAAAGAUCAUAAUGGAGGAGAAGAUCCAAGUAUUGAGCAUGGUGAGAUUGUUUGUUCAGGCAAUGGUAGUGAGCCCCUUGCAGCCUCUCUGUAUGUCCCAAGGAAUGAUAAGCUGGUGAAAAUUGAUGGUAACUUGAUCAUUCAUUCUGUUCUGGCAAGUGAGAAAGCCAUGGCAUCUCGUGGAGGUGCUGAAACUAAGAGCAGUGAAGAGACUAGUUUGGCAAUUCCUGGAGAUUUGACCCCUGCCAAGAGACAUCCUCACAUGUAUCAGGGUCCAGCUGAACAUCCAAUAGCCCUGGGUCCUGGUACUAUUGAUAGGGACAAUAAGAGGUUGACAGGAGCAGAUGGUAAGCUGCAGCAAUGGUUCCAAGAAGGCCUUGCUGGGCCAAUGUUAAGCUCCGGAAUGUGCACUGAGGUGUUUCAAUUUGAUAUAUCAUCAGCCAUAAUUCCAGCUACCUCCACAAGGAAUGUGUCUAUCGAGUCAUCUCAGAAUACUACAAACUCCUACAAGGGGAAAAAUAGAAGGAUCCUUCAUAGUCCGAUUCCCAUUUCUGCUUCCUCUCAAAACAUGUCUGAAGAAAAUGUUGGAAGAAAUGGACACACAAAGAAUAAUACAGUGUCUCCAAUGGUUGUUUCAGUGCUCGUUGAUCCAAGAGAGAUGGGUGAUGCUGAUGGUGAAAGCAUGAUGGGUACCAAGUCUCUCUCUCGGAUAUUUGUAGUUGUAUUGAUAGACAGUGUGAAGUAUGUCACUUAUUCAUGCAUGCUUCCAUUCAAGGGAUCUGUCUUCCUUUAGGGUCUAUCCAAGCAAGGAAGAUCUGCCAUGUGACCCCCUCAGUCUACUCAUCUUCUGCAACAAUUUUGUGGAUAGCAAAAUACUAAUAGUUAACCUCAAUUUGAUGUAAAUGUAACUCUAUACUUCUAGGGCUGAUGACUGCAUAACUUUUAUUCUUUUAUGUUUUAAAUUAUAUUGACUGUAUUGUUUUUAUUUAUGAAAAAGUUCGUAACUGCGGUUCGAAA